AAUUGGGAUACGAUAACCAAAAAGAAGCUCAAAUAUUCAUAUUAUAGCUUGUUAUGUCUAUAUUUCAUGACGAGGUUGAAAUAGAAGAUUUCGAGUACGACGAGGAGUCUGAAACAUAUUAUUACCCUUGCCCUUGUGGAGACAAAUUUGAAAUAACUAAAGAACAGUUAGAAAACGGUGAAGAGGAAGCAGGCUGUCCCAGUUGUUCGCUAAUUGUUAAAGUAAUUUAUAAUCCUGAGGACUUUAUGAAAGGCGAAGAAGUUAGACUACCGUCAAAAAAAAUGCUUCGUUUAGCAAGAUCCUGCUAUCGGUGUUUUUCUUCUAAAGUACCACAACAGCCGACCUGGAAAGUGAUCGAUGAUUCCAAAUUACCUCCUAAAACAAAAAUUGAUAAAAAGACUAUUCAAUAUUUAGAACGAUUGUCACUUGUGCAAUUGGGUGAUGAGGACGGCGUACGUCGAUUAGAGGAUUCCAUUAGUUUGGCUGAUAGAUUGUCCAUUGUUAAUACUGAAGACAUAAAGCCUUUAAGCAAUAUUUUGGAAGAAGAAAGUUUGUUCUUGCGCAAGGAUUACGUCACUGAAGGCGACAGUAAAGAUAGUCUCCUACAGAUGGCAGCUGCAACAGAGAAUGAUUAUUAUGUUGCACCUCCUGGCAACAUACCUGUCAAAUUGGAUAGUGUUUGUAAAUGA